ACAUGACGUCAGUACGUGCUUGAGCCUGCCUGAAAAUGUUCUCUCGUGUUGUAGGAUUUCGAAGGAGCGCAGGACUUUGCGAUGAAAUAAUACAUUUUUAUUCGUGAGGAAAACAAAAACUAACCGUAUGUUUUUAAACUGAAGUUAAUCGCGUUCCCAUUAAGUGGUGAAACUGUAUUUUUCGGAGACUCCAACGGGAAGUUUGUGUGAUCGUUUUUCCCGGAGUGAUGUCGAAUCCUGGGACGCGGAGGAACGGGUCCAGCAUCAAAAUCCGACUGACAGUAUUAUGUGCCAAGAACCUCGCAAAGAAAGACUUCUUUCGACUUCCAGAUCCAUUUGCCAAGGUUGUGGUGGAUGGAUCAGGUCAAUGCCACUCUACAGACACAGUCAAGAGCACACUGGAUCCCAAAUGGAAUCAGCACUACGACCUUUACAUUGGGAAGACAGACUCCAUCACCAUCAGUAUAUGGAAUCACAAAAAGAUUCAUAAACGACAGGGGGCAGGCUUCCUGGGCUGCAUACGACUUCUUUCCAAUGCUAUCAGUCGGCUAAAAGACACAGGAUACCAGCGUCUCGAUCUGUGUAAACUGAACCCCUCAGACAGCGACGCAGUGCGGGGACAGAUUGUAGUGAGCUUACAGACACGAGACCGCAUCGGCAGCGGAGGCCCUGUGGUGGACUGCAGAGGGCUGUUGGAAAACGAUGGGCCUGUGUUUGAAGGAUGUUUUAGCGAGGAGCCGCUGCCAUACUCCGAUUCCACUGGUGCGGCGGGGGGUGGGAACUGUCGGCUGGACUCGCCCAGUCAGGAGAGUCGUCUUCAAGCGCAGCGAAUCAGAGGGCCGGACUCCAGAGGCCACAGCCACACCCCUCAGAACAGACCUCAUGGGCACCAGCCGCCUGACUUGCCAGAGGGAUAUGAGCAGCGAACAACAGUGCAGGGCCAGGUAUACUUUCUUCACACACAGACAGGCGUCAGCACCUGGCACGACCCUCGGAUACCGCGGGACCUGGCCAGUGUGAGCUGCGAAGAGCUCGGGCCGUUGCCAGUGGGCUGGGAGGUCCGAAGCACCGUGUCGGGCCGGAUCUACUUUGUGGACCACAACAACCGAACCACACAGUUCACAGACCCACGCCUGCACACCAUCAUCAGCCAGCAAUCCCAAGCAAAGGAGUCUUCCCAAGCCCCCCAGAUGGAUGUGGGGGGUGAGGAGGUAGGAGGUGGGGGAGUGGGCAGCGGAGGAGGAGGAGGAGAUGGAGAUGUUGCAGCACGCUAUGAGAGAGACUUGGUGCACAAGUUGAAGCUGCUCCGCCACGAACUGUCCUUGCAGCAGCCUCAAGCAGGACACUGUCGCAUAGAGGUGUCUCGAGAGGAGAUCUUUGAGGAGUCAUAUCGGCAAAUAAUGAAGAUGAGGCCCAAAGACCUGAAGAAGCGCCUGAUGGUGAAGUUCAGGGGAGAGGAGGGCCUGGAUUAUGGUGGGGUGGCCAGGGAGUGGCUGUACCUUCUGUGUCAUGAAAUGUUGAACCCCUAUUAUGGCCUGUUCCAGUACUCAACAGACAAUAUAUACACCCUACAGAUUAACCCCGACUCCUCCAUCAACCCUGACCACCUGUCGUAUUUCCACUUUGUGGGUCGUGUGAUGGGCCUGGCAGUUUUUCAUGGUCACUACAUCAACGGGAGCUUCACGUUGCCCUUCUACAAACAGCUGCUAGGCAAACCAAUCCAGCUCAGCGACCUGGAGACCACAGACCCGGAGUUGCACAAGAGCCUCGUGUGGAUAUUAGAGAAUGACAUCACUUCAGUCCUUGACCACACCUUCUGCGUGGAGCACAAUGCGUUUGGGAAGUUCUUACAACAUGAGCUCAAACCUAAUGGCCGCAAUAUCCCUGUCACUGAGGAGAACAAAAAGGAAUAUGUUAGACUUUAUGUGAACUGGAGGUUUAUGCGCGGAAUAGAAGCCCAGUUUCUGGCUUUACAGAAGGGAUUCAGUGAACUCAUCCCACAGCACCUCCUCAAACCAUUUGACCAUAAAGAACUAGAGUUGAUCAUUGGUGGACUGGGGAAGAUAGAUCUUGCAGACUGGAAGACGAACACCCGCCUGAAACACUGCACAAGUGAGAGCAAUGUGGUGCGGUGGUUCUGGCAGGCAGUGGAGGCCUUCAGUGAGGAGAGGAGAGGACGCCUCCUGCAGUUUGUCACGGGCUCCACCAGGGUCCCCUUACAGGGGUUCAAAGCGCUGCAGGGUUCUACAGGUUCUGCAGGACCAAGGCUCUUCACCAUUCAUUUGAUAGACGCCAACACGGACAAUCUGCCAAAGGCUCACACAUGUUUUAACCGGAUAGACAUCCCUCCCUAUGAGUCUUAUGAGAAACUUUACGAGAAACUGCUGACGGCUGUGGAGGAGACCUGCGGCUUUGCUGUGGAAUGAUGAAUCCACAACCAAACAUAUACACAGUCACGCUUGCACUUGCACACAACCUAUUUGACAUUUUACACACACACACACACACAUCAACAUCAACACAAUAUCAAGUAUACAAAGAGUAUACCGAACGGCCAAGCAUCACAGGAACACACGGUCUUUUGCUACCUCCUCACCACUGAACUGUUGGGGGUCGAAGGAGGAAGCACAGCAGGAGGGAGAAAAAACAGUCAUAAAACAAAGUAUUUUAAAAAAUUUUUCAGAUGUUUUGAAGAAGCAUUUUUAAUCUUCAGUUUGAACAAGCUAUGAUGUCAUUCUUCAGAAUGUCUGCCGCCACAGCGAUUUUUGACUAUCCUACACACUUGAGUCUCUGGACUGAAUAAGCCAAUCACAUGCGAGCCUGCGAACAGAGACUUUGAAAAUUAGACGUGUGAAGAAACAAGGCGCAGACUGAUUGUCUUUCUGUCUGACAAGCUGAUUGAUUGACUAGUAUUCAUGCUUCGUGUUUAACCACUGUCGUGUAUCAGAAUGUGUGCAUGUAUGCGUGUUUGUGUGAGUGCAUGUGAGACGGUGAGAGAGUGAGACUAUCUGUGUAUCUGUUUGUGUGUGUCAGGCAUGGCAUCUGGUUACGUUGUAAAAAUGAUCAAAAUGAGCCUGCUCCACUGUUUGGUAACUUUUUGUCUCUUCCAUUUGUAUCUGCGACCACUCUGAUUCACUCUGAUAUUUUAUUAUUUAUUACUAAGUGAUUACUGACCAAGCUGCUAUAUGCUCAACAAAAGAGCCCACACUAAUCUCUUCACCACCCCCUCUACCAGAGUUGAAGGGUCAAGUCACUUGCAAUUCAAGUAACCCACAAAGUGGGUUUUAUUGACUUUUGUUACAUUUUUUAACAUUCAUAUUAUUGGAGAGAAAUACUCUUAUCAGUGUAUGAAAACUGUUCGUGUUUUAAAUAUCAUGCUACAUUUGUUUGAUGUGAAAUGGGUUGAUUUUGCCAGCCCUAAUUUUAAGAUUUAACUCAACUGACCUUAUGGAGAGGUCUGAGGGCAUGACCUGGAUAUUUAGCCAAAUGAGCCACAAGGAUGGAAAGGAGUCAGUUUCAGGAAUUCUUGGAUUUUAAGUGACAUGUAUAAUAAAAUCUCAGAAGCCUUUCAUGUUUGUUUCAUCAUCCAUUUUAACAUGUUUUUUCUUGUGUGUGUGGCCCUGAUGUUUCUCUGCCUUGCCCAUGUCUUCUCCAUUGCCUGACUGUUAGGAAAAAAUAGACCACCAUGAAUGAACAAAGUCUCUUUGCAGUCAUUAGUCUUUCAUAGAAGUGAAUGAAAUCAAAAAACCUAAAUGUUGAGCAAGAAAUGUGGAAAAUGUUGAGGUCUGUUGUAGAUUGAAUAUUGAAGACUGUUAAGCAGUAUCAUUUCAAUCUGCAUUUUCUAGGUUCUGAGUUCACUGUGUAAUGGAUGCAAAAGUAUUGUAACUUACUAUGUACUAAACAUUUAUGAAAAAUACAAUGUAAAUAAGAUUAUAUUAAAAGAUAUUAAAUUGAAAAUACA